AUGGCACUGGCUAAACGUUUGGAGGCUGGAAACCCUGUCGACUCCAGCAAUUCCGCAAAGCUGCCUGCCCGUGUCGACGCAGAGGAGGAGACCAGAAUGGCAGAGACGGCACCGCGCAUGAGUGCCUGGCACAUGCAAUCCUGCAGCUGGUGGCUGGGACGCUCAAAGCUGCUGCCAUUCAGAUGCAGGGGAAAAAGGCAUAGCUACUAUUUUCCGGCGCCUGUGAUCGCCUGUGCAGGAGCUGCAUCCAUGUGGCCUCGUUUGUGCGUGACCUGGAGCCGGCUUGAGGGUGAAGGGCCAGGUAGGGCAGGAGAACAGUCACUGGGCGUCAUCCUACUUUUGCUGCUGAGGCUUGACCUUUGA